AGCGCCGAGAGAAGAAAAGGGCGCGCAGAACCAGAAAACAAAACCCUAAUUUAUAUAGUUCUAAACAGAGUUUCAGACUUGGCUACUCCAAUGGUGAUGGGUACGGCCUCUGAUUAUUUGACUAAUCUUCCUUCUCGUGGUCUUCUCUCCUCCACAGUCUUAUCCUCAAAUCUGGGUGGGAUGAGAGUAUAUAUAUGUGAACAUGAUACAUCACCUCCAGAAGAUCAAGUGAUAAAGACAAACCAAACAAACAUUUUGAUUAGAUCUCUCACCCUGAAGAACCAAAAGAAUAACAAACCUAAGACUCCCAGCGUGAAGGACACGAAGUCUACGACAGAGAAUGUUAAAGGCAAGAGAGUUGCUGAAAGUGCUGCAGAAGGUAAUGCUCCAGCUAAGAGAGCCAACUUGAGUAUAUCUACCGGAAACUCUAAACCUGCAGAGGGAUCAAGGACUCGCUCCACCACCUCCUCCUCCAAGGACUCCUAUCAAACUAUGACUGUAGAGAGGUUGCGCACCCUUCUAAAAGAAAGAGGUUUGACGGUGAAAGGAAAGAAGGAUGAGCUGAUUGCACGUCUCAGAAGCAAGUAGAACAUUAUAUUAUGCAACGAAGUAAGCCUCCAGAGAAUUUCUAAAUUAUUUCAUAGCUAAAUUAGAAGGGAUGGCAUCUUUUGAUCAUAUAUCGGUAGCGAGGUUCCCUUCAUAACUUUUGUAAACUUUCAGACUAAUUUAAAGUUAUGUAGAAGAACAGGAAAACCACAAUUCAUGGCAUGCAGAAAUUCCUUUGUUUGUUGUUGUUCUCCCUUGUCCUUGUUACUUGGUGAAUUGUCAUGUCUCUUUCGAUGUUUACUGUUAUAAUUUUCCCAAUAUCCUGCGAUGGCUGAUUGAACUAUCAGUUGUUUGCAGGCAGAUUAAGAAUUCGGGUCGCCAUCAUGUAAUGAUACGUUACUUUAUUAGUUGUCGAACAUUUUUAUGUAAUUUAACCUAUGCCUGAUAUUGGAACAUGCA